UAUACAAGUUUUACAUAUUCAACAGCUUAUCACAUAUUUUUAUUAAAUUAUGUCCUUUAAGAAAGACAUACAAAAUAUUACCAAGCUUGAAGCUUGUGAGCAAUAUAAAAUCUUAAAAAACAACUUAUCUAAUUUCAAUGGACCCCUAACGGAGGAGGCUCGUAAACAAGAUAUUAUAAAUCUACUACACGAAUAUAAUGAAAUUAAAGACGUCUGUCAAAACGUCUUAGGAGUAUUAGCCAAUCUGGAACAACGCACCAUUAAACAAAUGCAUCUAUUACAUGGUUUACCUCUUAACGAAUAAGC